AUGCUCUCCAGAGCUGCCUGGAGCUUGGCCCUGAGGAGAGGAGGACUUGGAACUCUAGGGAUACACAGCUUAGGAGGUUCUGCCCCCAGUGACCGGAAGAUGCCCCCCUAUACCAACUACUUUGCCCAGCGCUCCUACCCCAUGCCGGACGAGCCCUUCUGCACGGAGCUCAAUGCUGAGCAGCGAGCGCUGAAGGAGAAGGAGAAGGGCAGCUGGACUCUGCUGAGCGACGCUGAGAAGGUGGCCUUGUACCGGCUCCAGUUCCAUGAGACCUUUGCAGAGAUGAACCGUCGCUCCAACGAGUGGAAAACCGUGAUGGGCUGUGUCUUCUUCUUCCUUGGAUUUGCAGCUCUGCUGAUUUGGUGGCAGAGGGUUUACAUGUUUCCUGAAAAGCCCAUUACCCUGACGGAUGAAUGGAAGGCCCAGCAGCUCCAGCGCAUCCUGGACAUGAAGGCCAAUCCCGUGCAAGGUCUGGCCUCCCGGUGGGACUAUGAGAAGAAGCAGUGGAAGAAGUGACUCCACCUCCCCAGCUGUCUCCCUGCAGCUCUACCCCGGUGGCGGUGGCGCCUCCCUUCCUUUCCCCUCCCCCCUAAUAAACCUGAUCUGUUC